ACCGACCGUUCGGACUGGAUCAGCAACUUUUUGUUCUUCCUUUUAGGCAACACUAUACGAGGGGGCGGCCUCCUGGGACCACCAACGACCUCCAUGAACCGCUUGUGGAGAUGAUCCGCAACACCACAGCGACGUUCAUGUUCCUCGAGCAAAUGUCGCAUGUACACUAUGGAAUAACUGCCAACGUGGCUGGAGUCACUCAUCGUUGCGACUGUCGGACGUGGUGAAGCUUAAUGGCCCUUCAGAAUAGGUAUCGAAUGUUACACGCUGCAGAAUUAGCUAGGGUGGGAAGUGGGGAAGGGGAGGUGAUGGAAGGAGCAAGAGGGACGCGUCGUGGUUCAAGCGCUUAUUCUCACAGGUCACUUUGUCCGCCGAGUGGCCACGGCCGACGGAGCCUGAAAACAUCGCGCGAUAUGGCAUUUAUUGUCAGAAGGCUUAGCCUGAAUUGUACCGCUACUACGAGCCCAUCCGAGAUGUCCCUCGGUUGCGAAGACAUCCGCGCAUCUUUUGCACCGUCCCUCGAGCUCUCCUUCUGGAACUCUUGCAUGCUGUUGGAUUAUAGGGAGCUGGAUCAGAGAUUGCAACGAAAGCUCGGAAACCAUGGACAAGCCGCGGUGGCCGGCCUCGUCCGCUUGCUCGUGGUGGUCGCAUGGUCCUAUAUUACCCGUCUCGAACAGCAGACCGGAUGAAGGCGAAGAGGACCGUUGCGAUAGGUUAGCCCACUGCGAGGUGCGCCGG